UUCAUGGCAUCACAAUCUCAACCUCUACGCCUGUCAAUGGCGACUGAAGUCUCUUUCAGUAUUUUGCUUACAAGCUUUGACAUAUCUAAGACUCCUUUGCAAUUUUUUACCUAAUCAUCUUCAUUCUCUUGUUCUUAACAAAUUGUUAUAAUUCGCCCUGUUUUUAAAGCUUAUAUAAGUAGCUCAUAUGCUUCAACCUUCAUGUCUCGUAUCCAAACAAGCAUCGAGAAUUUCGAAGUUUUAGCUCAGCUCAAAUGGCUAUCAAUGGGUUUUUGGUUUCCAAAACGACCCUUUUUCUCGUAGGUUUCAUCGCAUUCGUUACCCUGCCUGCAGAAGCUGCUGUGAGGAAGUACCAGUUUGAUAUUCGAGUGAAGAAUGUUAGCAGACUGUGCCAUGCGAAGCCGAUUGUGACCGCAAAUGGGAGGUUUCCAGGGCCUACAAUCUAUGCUCAAGAGGGAGAUAGAGUUAUUGUCAAUGUUACAAACCAUGCAAAAUAUAACAUGUCGAUUCACUGGCAUGGAUUGAAGCAAUAUCGAAACGGUUGGGCGGAUGGACCGGCUUACAUAACGCAGUGUCCGAUUCAGACUGGGAAUAGCUACGCUUACGACUUCAAUGUAACAGGGCAAAGAGGAACUUUAUGGUGGCAUGCACACAUUCUUUGGCUAAGGGCUACAGUGUAUGGAGCCAUUGUCAUCAUGCCGAAACCAGGAACGCCAUUUCCGUUCCUGAAGCCAAAUAUGGAACAAAUUGUUGUAUUAGGGGAAUGGUGGCACAAAGAUGUUGAAGAGAUUGUCAAGCAAGGAACUAACAUGGGAUUGCCACCAAAUAUGUCGGAUGCACACACUAUCAAUGGCAAACCGGGACCUCUUUUUCCAUGUUCUGAGAAGCAUACAUUUGCAAUGGAAGUCGAAUCCGGGAAAACGUACUUGCUGAGAAUCGUCAAUGCUGCCCUCAAUGACGAGCUUUUCUUCGCAAUAGCUGGUCACAGCAUGACGGUAGUUGAGGUCGAUGCGGUUUAUACGAAGUCGUUCGUCACUCAGGCAAUACUAAUUGCACCAGGGCAAACCACCAACGUUCUCGUUCGAGCUGAUCGAUCCCCGGGCAGAUAUUUCAUGGCUGCUAGGCCUUUCAUGGAUGCUCCACUUCCUGUAGACAAAAAAACAGCUACAGGGAUAUUCCAAUACAAAGGAAUCCCAAACACUGUUCUUCCUACACUUCCUCAAUUACCACCUCCCAACGACACAGAUUUCGCUUUGGGUUACAACAAAAAUCUCAAAAGCUUGAACUCUGCAAAUUUUCCAGCAAAUGUGCCCCUUAAAGUCGACCGAAAACUGUUCUACAUGGUCAGUUUCGGCAAAGAUCCUUGCCCGACAUGCGUUAACGGAACGAGAAUCUUAGCCUCGUUGAACAAUAUUUCCUUUGUGAUGCCUAAAAUUGGUCUUCUCCAAGCUCAUUACUUCAAUAUUAGUGGGGUUUUUACAACUGAUUUCCCUGAUAAACCUCUUAAGCCAUUCAACUAUACUGGUGCACCCUUAACAGCCAAUCUUGGCACUGCACAUGGGACAAGGCUUAGCAAGAUUGCCUUCAAUUCUACAGUUGAGCUAGUGCUUCAAGACACUAAUCUCCUUACGGUCGAGUCACAUCCGUUCCAUCUCCACGGUUAUAACUUCUUCAUCGUAGGAACUGGUAUCGGAAACUUUGAUCCUGUCAAAGAUCCAGCUAAGUACAACUUGGUCGAUCCUGUUGAAAGGAACACCGUCGGUGUUCCGACCGGGGGAUGGACCGCUAUUCGGUUUAGAGCAGACAAUCCAGGUGUUUGGUUUAUGCAUUGUCAUUUGGAGCUCCAUACUGGGUGGGGAUUGAAAAUGGCAUUUGUGGUUGAAGAUGGAAAGGGAGCUGAUCAAUCAGUUCUUCCUCCACCCAAGGAUUUGCCACUUUGUUAAAUGUUGAAAAAGUUUCUCAAAGUUCAACAAAGACCAUGUUUGUGUAUAAAACUGUAUCUUCUGCUUACAUAUAUAUGUAUGCAUGUGUGUAAAAAGUAUGCAUCUUCUGCAAAAAUUGCAGGCCAUAUCUUGAGGAACAAAAUUUAAGGGAAAAGAUUGUAAACUUCUAAUUGUUUU